CAGGCUCUGGAGAGGGAGGAGGGAAGCAGGCGGGCAGCGGGCAGCAGUCUGGACGCUAAAGUCAGAUUUGUCCUUGUGGAAUUUAUGACAGGAUCGGAAAAUGUGGCGGUCGACGGCGGCGGACUGACACUACAACCUACCGGUCUUUUUUUUAGAAGCAAGACGUGAUUUCCCACCUUAGUUUUGGUGGCAGAUGUGAGCAGACGGGAGUCCCAUGAGGAAAAAAAUGUCGCUAACACCAAAAUCCAUGAUUUCCGCGGAGGAGCAGAGCCGAGCGGAGUAUAAACAUGGAGGGAGAGAGGUGAAAGGAAACAGUAAGAAAGUGAACCAGUCUCUAAACGAGUCGCUGGACGGAGAAAUCCAGGCCUUCCUCAUAGAUGAGGACCAGCUCCACACCUACGAUGACCUUACCAAAGUCAACCCAGUGACCCAAACAACAGUGCUGAAAUGCCUUCAGGCCAGGUACAGUAUGAAGGUGUUUUACACCCAUGCAGGAUGCACCUUGGUGGCUCUCAACCCCUUCCAGCCCAUCCCAGACCUCUACUCUCUGGAUGUGAUGAAGGAGUAUCACUGUGCUCCUCAGCCCCAGGAGUUCAAACCACAUAUCUUUAUUGUGGCAGAGGAGGCCUACAGGAAUUUGCAGGGCCAGAUGGAGCCUGUGAACCAGUCGUUGGUGGUCAGCGGUGAGAGCGGUGCAGGAAAGACAUGGACGUCCCGUUGCCUGAUGAAAUACUACGCCACUGUGGCCGCCUCCUCCUCCGUGGUGAAGAGUCAGGACACGGUGGACAGGAUAGAGAGGAGGGUGCUGGACUCCAACCCCAUCAUGGAGGCUUUCGGAAAUGCCUGUACGCUACGGAACAACAACAGCAGUCGCUUCGGAAAGUACAUCCAGCUUCAGCUCGACAGGUCCCAGCUGUUGGUGGGGGCGUCAGUGCAAACGUAUUUGCUGGAGAAGACCAGGGUGGCCUGUCAACCGGCCAAAGAAAGAAACUUCCACAUCUUUUAUCAGAUGAUGAAAGGGGCCACAGAUGAGCAGAGAAAAGAGUGGAGGAUGCCAAAGGACCAACAGUUUGUCUGGCUUCCAAACGCUGAAAAAACACUGGAGGAGGACUGUUUUCAGGAGACUUUGGAGGCAAUGGUUCACCUGGGCAUUAAUGCAGAGAAGCAGGGCCAAAUAUUUAAGAUAUUAGCUGGGAUUUUGCAGUUUGGGAAUGUGAAUUUCUCCUCAGCAGAUGAAUCACAACCUUGUAACAUAGAGGAGCAAUCUAAAGACUUUCUUCAGAGGGCUGCUGGUCUGCUCGGUGUCCCCGUGGAUGAGCUCCUGGCCUGUUUAAGAGUGAGGACACUGAAGGCUGGGAAACAGAGUGUCCUCAAGCCCUGUUCCCAGUCAGAGUGCAGCGUUAGGAGAGACUGCCUGGCUAAGCUCAUCUAUGCCCAAUUGUUUGAAUGGCUGGUUACAUUCAUUAACAACAGCAUAUGUGCAGACAACUCCAUUUGGUGCAACUUCAUAGGACUGCUGGAUGUGUACGGGUUUGAGUGCUUUCCAGUCAAUAACCUGGAGCAGCUAUGCAUUAACUAUGCCAAUGAGAAACUCCAGCAGCACUUUGUGGCUCACUAUCUCAGAGCUCAGCAGGAGGAAUAUGUGUCGGAGGGGUUGGAGUGGUCCUUUGUUAAAUACCAGGACAACCAGAACUGUCUGGAUUUGAUAGAGGGAAGCCCUACCAGCAUCUUCUCUCUUCUUAAUGAGGAAUGUCGUCUUAAUCGAGUCUCAGAUGCCAAGAAGUUCAGGGGUCGUCUGGAGAAGGAGCUCUGUGAUAAUGCAAACAUAAGCUGGGAUAAGUACAGCCAGGAGGCACAUUUCACUGUGGCCCAUUACGCUGGCAAAGUCAACUACCAGAUAGACGGCAUGAUGGAGAAAAACAAGGAUCCUGUGCCACGAGAGCUCAUAGCUCUGCUGCAGAAGUCAGAAAACCCUCUGCUUCACCAGAUCUUCGCUGACAAGGACACUGAGAACGCAAAGAGCAAGGGGCUCAGCAAAGUCACUGUGGUCUCAAAGUUCAAGAACUCUCUGGAGAGCCUGAUGAAGAUCCUCCACACCACAACUCCCCACUACACCCGCUGCAUCAAACCUAACCCAGACUGCAAACCACUGACCUUCCAAAAGGAGGAGGUGAUUAUACAAUUGAAGGCCUGUGGGAUUGUUGAGACCAUACACAUUAGUGCUGCAGGCUUUCCAAUAAGAAUUCCUUUCAAAAGCUUCAUACAGCGAUAUGGACUGAUUUCUAAAUCUUCAGCCUUCAAGACAGUGGUUCAUACUGGUGAUUUGGAUACUGACAAGGACAGUCUCAGACCAGCGGUGGAUAAGCUUCUCAGAGUGGUGUUACAAAGCCAGGUUCUUGACCCCGCAUGCCAACGUGACAGUGAAACACACAGCACAUUGGUGCACUGUGGAAGGACCAAAGUUUUUCUGACCCAGUCCAUGCUAGAAUUAUUAGAGGAUCAGAGAAAGAAGGUCCUGUCCCAGAAGGCCUUCUCCAUUCAGUGCUGUUGGCGAAGGUACCAGCGCUGCAGACGCCACGCCCAGCGACGGGCCGCCACCUUGAUCCAAGCAGCGGGGCGGUCAUGGCUGGUCAGGAGGCAGGUCCACAGAUGGCACAGGGCAGCGGCUGUCAUCCAGACUUCCUGGAGGAAGUGGAAGAAGGUAAUGAAUUCCCUGGCUGAGGCAGAACUAGAUGAUGCCAAGCACCUUGUAGGAGAGAAUGUGCCGGUGGUGAACCCUGUCGUCAGAGAGCGGGGUUCGGUGCAGCUCUCAACCAUCCCAGAGCCUGUGACGGUACGAGGGUGGCCCAUGGGCCUGGCUCUGGCCUCAGCACCGUCCAUCACCGUGUCGCUGACAGCCACCGGCUUCCAGAAGAUGAUGUCUGUGAUUGCCUCCGUCAACGUGCCGUCCAGGAAAGGGGAAUACAAGGUGGAGACAAACCAGUACAAACAGGGUCUGGCCUCAAUAAGGGCUAAACCCAGGGGAUCUGUGAAGCUGCACUAUCAGCGAUCUCCACUUCUCUAUGCUGACAGGCAACCAAACGUGGUGAGCAACGGAGUGACAGGAUUCAACCAAAUCCUGCUGGAGAAAACCUUGUAAUUUUAAUAUAACAUUAAGGGCUGACUUCAUGGUAAAAGAUAGGCAAGUUCAGCAUAUAGCUGCCUUUACAGUGGAACAAACAGAACAGCUGCUCAACCACAAUUUUAAACAGAGGGAACAAUCAGAUUUCACGUGCUACUUUGCAAACUUUUUUGUGUCUAACUCAGUGUUUAAGUUGGUGACCGCUCAAGUGAACCUGCUAAGAAAACCAAAGAUCUAUCUUGUUAUGCUGUGUUAUGUGUCAGUUGAGCUACCAUCUCAUCAUAUGGCUUUAGAGUGAAACAAUGUGGCUGACAAUUUUCAGUCCCCUUGGUUGAACUCCAUCUACACUUCUCAGCAUAAUAAUUGGUCCUAGAAGAAAUGUGCUGGAUAGUUACACAACAGAACCGUUACCUAAAACCAAGGCCUCAUCUCUUUGUGGUGAACAGGCCCCUUCACAUGGGACAAUACUCGCACUUUUAAAAGCAUUAGACAACACAUGUUCGUCUAGUUGCUGCCUUUUGGAACACUUGAUGGUUGUUGAAAGUAUUUGUACUGAGACAAGUGCCUCUCUUUAAGUUUCUUUAGAUUUAACUCACAGUAGAGUUUUGGUGUAUUUAUUUAUUUAUGGGUGAUUUGGUUGACUUCUUUCUUGCUGGAAAUACAUGUUAAAAUAUUCAUUAAGAUGCACAUAUGAAUGCAGAAGAUAGGCCAAAGAAAAAUUUAAAGCAUUUAUUUCCAAUGUGAUUCCCAGUUAAAAAGAAAUUAUGCAUGUUGCACAUGUUAAGUACCAAGACUGCAGAGAAAUGGUCUGUUCAAGCUUAUGUAAAGAAAGAACCAUCACAGUAAAAGCACAGACACAUUGGUGUGCUGUGUGUUUGAUAAAGGACGUUUGUAAAAUGCACAUCAGGGAAAAUGUGUUUUUGAUUAAUCCAAUUCCUGCUCUUAUAACUGGAUGUUGCAGAGAAUACUGAUCACCUCAAGCAUUUUAUCAACUGCAGUUCAAAGCAAUCUAAGUACUGUAUAAUAUGUAAAAACCUCAUUACACUACAGUGUUUCAGAUGGGAGAACACCAACUUUGUUUUUUAACUGACACAUUUGUGCAGGGACCAAGUUUUAUUAAUAUUGAAAUUUUCAUCUUUCCACAAUGAGUUUUACUUUGAAUCAAACAGUGCAAUAAAGGAUGCACCUCUUAGACUUGUGCUGAUGUCUCUAGAUUUUGAUCAAGUUCAUUACUUUAGGAUGCGACAACUGCUGAUUGCAAGCAUAUGCUUGUUUACUUAUUGAAUAUUUCCACUACACUUUUCCUUUUUACAACCAUCUACAUUUAGCUUGAGCUGACUACUUUUCAAACCUCUGAUUUUAUCAGUAUAUACUUCUCAAACUGUACACACCAAAUGUAUUUCAUGUAUUAUGUCAGCUCUACCAAGAGAUCAGUGCACAAUGAUGUUUGUAUUAUCUUUAUGUUGGAAUAAAUAUUUGAUUGUCAGUUUAAUAUAAAAUGUCUGAAGCUACACAA